UUUACCCAUCUUCCGCCACGAUGGAUGAUCUAUACGACGAGUUCGGAAACUUCAUUGGCGAGGCCGACUCGGGAUCGGAUGCGCAAUCCACGGGCGAGGGUGCGGAUGCCUACGUCCUUGGCGAUGAGGAGAAAAGCGAGCCCCCAUUGGAGGAGGAUCAGCAGCUUAUGGAGGUCGACGAUGAGGGCCCAUCGAACGCCGUGAUCCUCCACGAGGACAAGCAGUACUAUCCAUCCGCCUCAGACGUCUAUGGGCCCGGUGUAGAGAUUCUUGUCCAGGAAGAAGAUACGCAGCCAUUGACACAGCCGAUUAUAGAGCCGGUGGUGCAGAAAAAGUUCACAGUGCAGGAGGUGGACUUGCCUCCAGUUCACUUCAAGAGGGACUUUCUCGCGGAUUUAAUGAACUAUCCCGAUCAGAUACGAAACAUCGCAAUUGCUGGGCAUUUGCAUCAUGGAAAGACGGCCUUCAUGGAUAUGCUGGUUAUGGAGACACAUGAUAUCCAGGAAAGACUGGACAAAGCAAAGGGCCGCAAGCGUGAGGAGCAGCUGCGGUACACCGAUGUGCAUGUUCUUGAGCGUGAACGCGGCCUCUCAAUCAAGGCGGCACCCAUGAGCCUGGUUCUACAAAACGGUGCGCGGAAAUCGCAUUUGUUUAACAUUCUAGACACCCCAGGACACGUCAACUUCGUCGACGAGGUUGCCGCCUCGAUGCGAUUGGUCGAUGGCGUGGUCCUAGUCGUGGACGUGGUCGAGGGCGUUCAGGUGAACACGGAGCAGAUCAUCAAACACGCCGUGCUAGAAGACCUGCCCUUGACUUUAGUGGUUAAUAAACUGGACCGACUGAUCCUAGAGCUAAAGCUUCCCCCACAGGACGCCUACUUUAAGAUCAAGCAUGUAAUCGAGGAGGUCAAUACCGUUAUCGAAGAUACCCUCCCAGGACAGGGAGAGAAGAGGCGCCUAAGUCCUGAGAAAGGCAACGUGGCAUUCGCCUGUACAAGCAUGCGUUGGUGUUUCACACUAAAAUCGUUCGCCCAGAUGUAUGCCAAUUUCUACCCAGGAGGCAAGAGAGGGCCUGGUUUCGGGAAACAGAGCAAGAACAUCGAUGUCCCUGCAUUCUCCAUGCGAUUGUGGGGAGAUAUCUCUUACAACCCUCGGAGUCGCAAAUUCACCCGUAAGGGAGUAGAGGAAGGCUCAAAGCGAUCAUUCGUUUACUGGAUACUCGAGCCUGUUUAUAAGCUUUACUCACACACACUUAGCAAGAGCCCCGAGGACCUGAAGGACACGCUGGCCGAAUUAGGCAUUCAGCUCAAACCAUCACAAUAUAGAACGGAUGCUAGAGAGCUCAUGCGCCUGGUAUGUGAGCAAUACUUUGGCCCUGCUACGGGCUUUGUCGACAUGAUCCUCGAACAUGUUCCAUCACCACAGGAAGGUGCGCAACGGAUGCUAGAAAAAUACUUUACCGGCCCUCUGGACAGCAAGACUGCAGAAGCUAUGCAGAAGUGCGACCAGGAUGGCCCGUUAGUCGUUCAUGUUGCAAAAUUGUUCAAUUCAACAGACGCCAAAUCGUUCCAUUGUCUUGGACGAGUCAUGAGUGGCACUGCACGGUCCCCUCAGUCGGUGCGCGUUUUAGGCGAAGGCUACACGCUUGAGGACGAAGAAGACAUGGUUGUCUCCACAAUCACGGACACAUGGAUUGCGGAGUCGCGAUACAACGUACCUACCAGUGGGGUUCCAGCAGGCAACUGGGUCCUUCUCGGAGGUGUCGACAACUCAAUUGUCAAGACUGCCACCAUCGUGGCCCAGAAACUCCCCAAUGAUGAAGAUGCAUAUAUUUUCCGACCGAUUAGACACUUCUUUGAAUCUGUUUUCAAAGUCGCAGUCGAGCCUAUCAACCCUUCCGAACUCCCAAAAAUGCUUGACGGCCUACGGAAAAUCAAUAAGUCCUACCCUCUCAUCACCACGAAAGUAGAAGAAUCUGGAGAGCACAUUGUGCUCGGCACUGGGGAGUUGUACAUGGACUGCGUCCUUCAUGACCUACGGCGGCUGUACGCCGACAUGGAGCUCAAGGUCUCGGAUCCUGUCACCCGUUUCUGCGAGACUGUUGUAGAGAUGUCUGCCAUAAAAUGCUACGCCCUUACUCCAAACAAAAAGAACAAACUCACCAUGAUUGCUGAGCCGUUAGAUCCAGGGAUUGCAGAAGACGUCGAGGCUGGCAAGGUUAGAAUUAAGGAUCCUGUCCGCGUUGUUGGCAAGUUCUUCGAGGAGAAUUACGGCUACGAUUUGCUGGCAUCGCGAAACAUUUGGGCAUUUGGACCUGACGACAUGGGACCGAAUAUUCUCCAAAACGAUACCCUUCCGUCAGAAGUAGAUACGAAGCUACUUCGACAGGUGCGUGACACUAUCCGGCAAGGAUUCAGCUGGGCUACUCGUGAAGGACCACUCUGCGAAGAACCAAUCCGCAACACCAAAUUCCGUAUCACCGAUGUUAAUCUCGCUGAUGAAGCCAUAUUCCGUGGUGGUGGUCAAAUCAUUCCUACCUCCCGGCGAGCCUGUUAUUCGAGCUUCCUGAUGGCUAGCCCGAGGUUGAUGGAACCGGUGUACAGUUGUAGCAUGAUUGGACCUGCUGAUGCAGUGAGCAGUUUAUACACGGUUUUGGGCAGGAGGCGAGGUCAUGUGUUGCAGGAUGGUCCCAUUGCUGGGACCCCGUUGUACAGUGUGCGGGGCCUAAUUCCGGUCAUUGACAGCUUCGGGUUUGAGACUGACUUGAGGAUACACACUCAAGGCCAAGCGACCGUCUCACUGGUCUUUGACCGCUGGUCCAUCGUUCCGGGCGACCCUCUCGACAAGGACCUUAAAUUGCGACCGCUCGAACUUGCUGCUCCUCACGCGCUGGCAAGGGACUUCGUGCUCAAAACACGGAGGAGGAAGGGUCUGGCUGAGGACGUCACGAUCAGCAAGUUUUUGGAGCCAGAGCUCUUCCGGCAGCUAAAGGAGAGCGGAAUUUUGGAUGGCUAGCUAAUACACGACCAAUAGGCGGGGGCACCUCACAAAUGAUUGUGAUUGUACAAUAGCAUCUCUUGGGUGAAUGACAGGGCUAUCGUCGUAUGAUCAAAUGAUCGGAGCAUCAGGCUUUAGGCUGGGGCUUCAAAAGGCUUGGAAUGGG